GUAGAAGUGGCCCAAAUAAACCAAAUACAGUAUCUUAAAUGGACUUGGACUCUCUUGCACAAAAAAAGAAAAGGACAAAAUAUACUGAAUUUUGUAAUUUGAUCCAAUUGCAUAUACUAACUCGGUGCCCAACGAUGCUAGGCUCUCCUUUCUCUAAAUCCCGUUUUUUCGGUCCAAAGAAUAGUUGAUGUUUUAAUUUCACAAUAACCCUAAUUCCCAAAUUGAAUCACCCAAAAUAACCAAAAUUUUCUCAUCUCCAUUGAUUCUCUUCAUCAACCCAAAUCGAAGUUCGUCGGUAUUCGUUGCUUCGAACUUUAGCAUUAGCAUCACUGUUAGCUGAUCUUCAUCUUUCUCUCGUCUCUAUUCAGGUAUAGAAACAGAUUCCAUGAUUUUCGAAUUUGUUUAUGUUAUUGUUUUGGUUGCUGAUUUCCUUCUUGCUUGAUAAAAACUAACUGUUUGGUUGAAUCUGACGUGAUAAACUUUGCUUUUGUUUUGGGGUUUCUGAAAUGCACGGGUCAGGUUUAGAAAAGGUUCAAAUUUCCUGAGGACAAGUUUCCUGAGGACAGUGUAAGGUACUUUGUUGUUGGUGUUUUCAUUGCUAGGUAACCAACCUCCCGUGGUCCAUCAUUUUGACGCGAUUCCAAGCUUCACUAAUGCUUCACGACUACAUAUUAGUAGUUUUUAUUCAUUAAACAGUCACAUUCUCCAAAGUUUUAUCUCGCUGUAUGCUCUGAAUUUUGUCUGGUAUGCUUUCGACAUCAUAAAUUUUUGGGUGAUUGAGUGCAUUUCUGGUGCCCAGUGCUUGUUAAUGCCCUUAUUGGUGUUUACAUUCGAGCUAAAUAUUCUGUUCCUGUCGUUGCAAAGCAAUUUUUUGACUCGUUAUUAUGUGUCAUCGAACGCUAGUUGCACUUUGAUUAUGUUUAAUGUUGCUUUCUGCUAAUGGGAUGUGGCUUUAUAAUGACAUUCUAGGUUUAUAAAUUAUAACAAUUGUACACAGAAAGAUCAACUCUUGAAUUCAUAUUUUUUAACGUUGAUUCUAUUUGUGUGCUUUUAGGAUUGAUAAGGUUUUUUAUUUUCGCCUUCGUCAGAUACCAAGGGGUCUAAUUUGUCAUGACGACAGGAUUUUUUCAUGUACUGAAAUAGAAAAAUGUUAUAUAAGUGAGAUCUUGUAAAUAACAGUUAGAUGAAUAUUUUUUUGUUUGGUUAUAAUCGUUUAUGCUUUUUAUGUUACUCUUAUAUGAGUGAUUCUAAUGCUUUCUGAAAUAAGUAGUGCUUUAAAGCUAGAAAACCUACCGUUGAAAUUAAUACUUGAUUGACUAGGGUGUUGCGACAUCAUGUUUCUGCUCUACCUGGUUUUAGAUGGUUCUCACUGUACAUUUUGCAUUGUAUUACUAUUAAUUAAUGUUUUGACAUUGAAUUGCCUGCAGGUGUGAGGAUAAGUGUGAUAGUGAUCUAAAAAGCAAGAUGUCAGCUGGGCCUGGACUUGAGUCCCUUGUGGAUCAGACAAUUUCAGUGAUUACAAAUGAUGGACGAAAUAUAGUGGGAGUCCUGAAAGGUUUUGACCAGGCAACAAAUAUAAUUCUUGAUGAGUCCCAUGAACGCGUUUAUUCUACAAAGGAAGGUGUGCAACAACUUGUUCUUGGUUUGUACAUCAUUAGAGGUGACAACAUAAGUGUUGUUGGUGAACUAGAUGAAGAUCUAGAUUCUAGUCUGGAUUUGUCAAAACUUAGAGCUCAUCCCUUGAAACCUGUUAUCCAUUGAGGUGAAGUACAACGCAUUGGUUGUCAAUGGAUGCAUGCGUACUUUGUGGAAACAGUCUGAGUUUUGCUGCAUUAUAUACAACAGUGUGCUGUGACAACAGCAUAAUAUUUCUAAAUAUUCUGAUUCUGUUUCUCGAUGUUAGCAUGUAAGACUUGCCAAACGAAUGAAUGCAACAAAUUCCGCGACUAUCUGAAGUGAAGAAACUAUCUUUUAUUUGGCCAUCAUAUACAUACAAACUAUCUUCUAUCUAACCGAACUAUGUGAAAAUCUCAGGUAUAACCAUUUAUGUCAAACCUACUAUUGUUGGGAGUACAGAUAACAAAGCUUAUUAUU